AUGUUCUUCUUCUUCGCUGGUGGAUUAGGUCAACAGGUGAGGCAGGUACUUAAAUCCGGCGCCGGGAAAUGCAUAAGAUGCGGUUCUGAAGCCGACUUAGUCGAUUACGACAAAGUCUUGAAGCUGUUCUUCGUUCCUGUCUGGAGAUGGCCCGGGAAGCACCAACUCAUGUAUUGUAAAGACUGCGAUUUGUUUUUCCCUCAGUCUCUGUCACCACCACCAACAUCGCCGGUUGCUCUAGCCACGUGCCGCUUCUGCGAUCGAAUCGUCGAGCCUGAGUUCCGUUUCUGCCCCUUUUGUGGCUGUGCUUUGUGA